AUGACGCAUAAAAUUUGGUUGCUUUUAGCAUCAUUAGUACUUUUGCCAGCUGCCAUUUCCUUCAGAAUACUGUCAUAUUCUCCACAAUUCUCGCCAAGCCAUGUCAAGUUUAUUGGAAAUAUUGCUGACUUUUUGGUUCAAGCAGGUCACAAUGUGUAUGCUAGCGUGAUUUUUACGCCGCCAUCUAAGGAAGCUGCAAAAACUUUUGGAGACAGACAGUUUAGAAAGCUAAUGUGGGAUAAGAACUUUGGCUUCCUCGCUAUGCUACAGAAAGGAGAGUCUAUGAAGCAAGCAUUUACAACGACCUGCGAGAAAGUACUUUUACAGAAGAAAUUGUUAGAAACACUAAAAAACGAAAAGUUUGACUUACUUAUAACGGAACUAUUUGACGUUUGCGCUUUUGGUGCGUUAAGUAUAGUUGCAGUUAAUGAUCAACUAACCUCUCCGUCAAAAAAUAUUUCAAACUUUGAAUGUCAGAUAUCAAAUUUCAAUUAUAAUAAUAGACUAGUUGAAGUUCUUGAAAUUCCUGCCCAUAUUAUUACUUCUGCAUCAGCUCUGAUGGACAAUGUCGCAAGUUUCGUUGGCGUACCGCUUUUUUUCUCAUCCGCAGCAGCUUUUUAUACAACCUUUGAAUCCGCAAACACAACAGUGGCCCCAUUUGCGGAUCGGAUGACUUACAAAGAGCGAUUUAUAAAUUUUUUAAUGACACAAGGAUUUGUAUACUAUUUUGGCAGCGUUGUUUCUGCAGAAGAGAAACUUUUUAAAAAAUUUUACGGGCAGAACUUUCCCAGCCUUUAUGUACGGUUGCUUUUAUCAAAAUUUGACAUUAUAGCACAAAGUACCUUUGUCCUAACGAACGGUGAGCCAUUAAUUGAAUAUCCUCGACCAAUCACUCAAAAAGUUAUUGAAAUUGCUGGGUUAAGCCAUCCACAAGUGAAGCCACUUGAUGAGGUAUGGGAGAAAGUGUUGACAGCGAGAGACAGAGCGGUACUCGUGUCGUUUGGCACAAAUGUUGAAAGUUGCGAUAUGCCUCAAAAAGUUAAGAAAAUCUUUCUUGAUCUGUUUUCGUCUUUUCCGGAUGUUACUUUCAUCUGGAAAUAUGAAGCUGACGAUUUACCGCUUGACAAAUACAAAAACCUAGUUACUGCCAAGUGGUUGCCUCAAAACGACAUAUUAGGUCACAAAAAUCUGGUAGCUUUUGUCACCCAUGGCGGAAUAAACAGCAUUGUGGAAACGAUAAGUAUUGGAAAGCCUAUGGUUGUUGUUCCGAUAUUUGCCGACCAGUUUCGCAACGGGAAAAUGAUACAGCGUUACGGUACGGGGCUUGUUGUUUCCAAACAAGAAAUGCUUGACGAGGACCGUCUUUUUCAAGCUCUGAAAGAAAUACUCAGCAAUAACAGGUAUAGUAAGAAAGCUGAAAGGUUAGCUAAAAUGAUCAGGAAAAAACCGAUGUCCUCAAAGGAAUUACUAAUCAAACACGUUGAGUUCGCUGCUGAAUUUGGCCGUAUACCUUUGUGGGACCCUGUGGGUAGAACGAUGCCGUUCUAUCAGUUUUACCUUCUUGAUAUUAUAAUUCCGUUAAUUCUUGUUUUACUGUUGCUUUCUGUCGCAAUACUCUUCUGUCUUUAUAAGGUGACCAGGAAACUACUCUGUGCAGAGAAGAAAGUGAAAUCUGAGUAG